AUGAAACAUCCCUGGCAAGUUGUCACAGCCAAUGGCAGCAGAUCAAUAGAGGAGAGGUGUGAAUCAAGAAGAACACAUGAAGUGAACCCACUCCAUAUUCCAGCUCUGACUGCACAGAGUGGAAGCUCUUCAAGGACCAAGUCUGAGGACCUUCACGGAUGGAAAAAUGAGCUUCUCCACAGUGAGCAAGGUGAGAUACAGGCAGGAGAGAGGCCUAAUGACCCUAAGGCAACUAGGAAGCCCCUCAGACGUGCUGAGCAUACUAGUCUAGAGACCAAAGUCCAGAGUGUGCAGGGCCAUUGCCAGCAUUAUGGACAGAGGAGAGCCUUGACCAUGAGGACAGUACUGUCAACACAGAAGAGAUUUCAUAUGGAAAACUCUGCCAGCUCUGGCCAUGAAUGUGUGAGACACCUUGGUAAGGCAUUGCCUAUUGCUCAAGGGUUGAGUCAAGUGAAGGAAAAAAGUUUUGACUCUGAUGUGUGUGGGGAGACAUUUUGUAAAGCGUCUGACCUCACUGAGCAUAAGACCAUACACAGUGGACGGCAGCAUAACGAAUGCAGUGGUCGUGACAGGCCUGUCAUUAAGAGGCUGUGCCUUUUAGACCAUCAGAGAGCAGACUCAUCAUGUGGCCAUGAUGAGUCUGAGGACGUCAGUCAGAAGACACAGGUGAGCAUGCGUCAGGGAAUCCAUGGGGGAGAACAGCCCUGUGGAGCAUUUGAAAGUGAACAAAGUUUAAACCAGAAGGAAAAACUCAAAAGGCAUCAAAGAACCCACACAGGUGAGAAGCCACAUGCAUGCAAAGAAUGUGGGAAGAUGUUCAACUGUAAAUCACAGCUCACUGCACAUCAGAGAACCCACACAUGUGACAAGCCGCAUGCAUGUGAAGAAUGUGGGAAGACUUUCUCCUAUAAAUCACAGCUCACUGCACAUCAGAGAACCCACACGGGUGACAAGCCCUAUGCAUGUGAAGAGUGCGGGAAGACAUUUAACCAAAAGUCAAACCUCAGGGUACACCAGAGAACCCACACAGGUGAGAAGCCAUACAGAUGCAGUGUGUGUGGGAAAACCUUUUACUGUAAGUCACAUCUCACCAGACAUCAGGGAAUCCACUCGGGUAAGAAGCCCUAUGAAUGUAAAGAAUGCAGUAAGUCCUUCUACUGUAAGCCACACCUCACUGUGCAUCAGAGAGUUCACACAGGUGACAAGCCCUACACAUGUGAAGAGUGUGGAAAGACAUUCAACCAGAACUCAAACCUCAGGGUGCACCAGAGAACACACACGGGUGAGAAGCCCUUUGAAUGUGAUGUAUGUCAGAAGGCCUUUUACCACAAGUCACACCUCCAAAGGCAUCGGGGAACUCAAGGUGAGAAGCCCCACGCACGUAAACCCUGCAGGGAAUUCCUCCAGAUGUCUUCCUUCACUGUUCAUCAGAGAACUCACAUGGGAGAGUGCGGUGGAUCUGAGAAUACAGCUCUUACAGAAGCCCGCUCACCAGGCAACAUAAUGAGGACACACCUGUAA